CAGAUCCCAAACUACACUCUAAACCCCCACCUGCCGCCUUCCCCGCGCGACGGAUGAAACCCUAGUAGCCAGCGACGACCCGGGCCAGAUCUGCCGCCUGCCUGCCGCCAUGGCCGCCGCCUCCGCCGCGACGACGUCGGCGCUGGAGCCGCUCCUGCGGUCGCUGCGGCUCAAGACGAAGCAGCAGGAGCUCCUGCUCCGCGUCUCCGCGCUGGCGCUCAUCUACGUGCUGGCCUUCGCCGUGCGCCUCUUCUCCGUGCUCCGGUACGAGUCCAUGAUCCACGAGUUCGACCCUUACUUCAACUACCGCACCACGCUCUACCUCACCGAGCACGGCUACGGCGAGUUCUGGAACUGGUUCGACUCCGAGAGCUGGUACCCGCUGGGCCGCGUCGUCGGGGGGACACUCUUCCCGGGCCUCAUGGUCACGGCCGCCCUGCUCCACCGCCUCCUCCACGCGCUCUCCCUCGCCGUCCACAUCCGCGAGGUCUGCGUCCUCACCGCGCCCUUCUUCGCCGCCAACACCACGCUCGUCGCAUACGCCUUCGGCCGCGAGAUCUGGGACUCCGGCGCCGGGCUCGUCGCCGCGGCACUCAUCGCCGUCUGCCCCGGCUACAUCUCGCGCUCCGUCGCCGGAUCGUACGACAACGAGGGCGUCGCCAUCUUCGCGCUGCUGCUCACGUUCUACCUCUUCGUGCGCGCCGUCAACACGGGUUCCCUCGCCUGGGCGCUUGCGUCGGCGUUCGGGUACUUCUACAUGGUGUCCGCGUGGGGAGGCUACGUCUUCAUCAUCAACCUCCUCCCGCUCUAUGUGCUCGUCCUGCUCGUGACAGGGAGGUACUCGCAGAGGCUCUAUGUCGCCUACAACUGCAUGUACAUCCUCGGAAUGCUGCUCGGGAUGCAGAUCCGGUUCGUCGGUUUCCAGCAUGUUCAGUCUGGGGAGCACAUGGCAGCCAUGGGAGUCUUCUUCCUGUUGCAGGUUUUCUUCUUCUUGGAUUGGGUGAAAUAUAUGCUGAAUGAUGUCAAACUAUUCAAGUCAUUCUUGAGAAUUACCCUGACAUGUGUGAUAACUGUUGGCACCCUGGCUCUUGGGAUUGGUACUGCAUCAGGUUACAUCUCCCCUUGGACAGGACGGUUUUAUUCUCUGCUUGAUCCAACCUAUGCUAAAGACCAUAUACCGAUCAUCGCGUCUGUUUCUGAGCAUCAGCCAACAGCAUGGUCAUCUUUUAUGUUUGAUUUCCACAUCCUUCUUUUCCUGUUCCCAGCGGGCCUCUAUUUCUGCUUCAAGCGCCUAUCAGAUGCCACCAUAUUUAUAGUCAUGUAUGGCCUCACGAGUAUGUACUUUGCUGGGGUGAUGGUUAGGUUAAUUCUUGUUGCAGCACCUGCUGUUUGCCUCAUUAGUGCCAUUGCUGUAUCUGCUACAAUGAAAAAUUUGACAACAUUGAUCCGGACAAAAAGCAAAAGUCCACAGACUACUUCUGGAAAAGCAACAGGCUCAAAGGCAGCUGCUAAGGGAGCAGUUGAUCAACCCUUGCCUUUCCAACAUAAUGUGGCUAUUGCUUUACUUCUGGGUGCUUUCUACUUGCUCAGUAGGUAUGCGAUACACUGCACUUGGGUGACAUCUGAGGCUUAUUCUUCUCCUUCUAUUGUUCUCUCCGCAAGGGGUCACAAUGGAGGAAGGGUAAUAUUUGAUGAUUAUCGUGAGGCAUACUAUUGGCUUCGUCAGAAUACUCCUACUGAUGCCAAGAUCAUGUCAUGGUGGGACUAUGGAUACCAAAUUACAGCCAUGGGUAACAGAACUGUUAUUGUUGAUAAUAACACAUGGAAUAAUACACACAUAGCUACUGUUGGACGGGCAAUGUCAUCUUAUGAAGACGAGGCAUAUGAAAUAAUGCAGUCACUGGAUGUGAAUUAUGUGCUUGUCGUAUUUGGAGGUGUGACUGGGUACUCCUCUGAUGACAUCAAUAAGUUCUUAUGGAUGGUGCGUAUCGGCGGAGGAGUUUUUCCUGUCAUCAAAGAGCCUGAUUACCUUGUUAAUGGGGAAUAUCGUGUUGACAAGGGGGCGUCACACAAAAUGUUGAACUGUCUAAUGUACAAGCUAUGUUAUUAUCGAUUUGGAGAACUGACCACUGAAUAUGGAAAACCUCCAGGAUACGAUCGAGUGCGUGGGGUGGAGAUAGGUAAUAAAGACGUGAAGCUUGAGUACUUGGAAGAAGCAUUCACCACAUCAAACUGGAUAGUGCGCAUAUACAAGGUCAAACCUCCUAAGAACAGAUCCUGAGAUAUCCUCUCAGGUGAGUAGCUGCUAGAGCUAUGUUAAGUGAGAAGGCUUGAGGAGAUGGGACGUUUGUUUUGACAUUUACAUCAGGAGAGAUUGCCGAAACGCGAACUUUGUUUUGGCGAGACUGACAGUAGUAGCCCAUAGUGUCAUUUCAAAGUUGAGAACAUCCAUCUUUCCCACCCUUCAUUCGGCUAGAUGUGAUCGGUUUCAUUCAGAACUUGCGAUCUUGCUGCGGUUACUUUUUGAUUUGAACAUGUUAUGAGGGAAAUUCAGAAGUUUUGUAAACUUUUGCAUAGAAACUUUAGGCUGUUAAUUAUGCCCCCCCGAGUACAGAUGUCUUGCUGUUCUAAUGAUCCCCGUAUGUUUCUUCUGAA